UCUGAUUGUUUAUCUGUAGUAUCAUUUUCCACAUUUAUUUUACUGCAUAUUUAACAAUUUUCUACCUUUUAUGACUGCAAUUUUGUGAAAUUAGAUAAUAAAGAAGCUAACUUUUUGCUAGAAAGGAUUUUUUUUUUGUGUGUGUGUGUGUUCGAAGCCUUUGAAUCUUACCUACUGCUUUUGUUUGCAAAACAAUUAAUGCAAAUGAAGUUUUAGUCAGUAAUUUAUAAUUUUUAGUUGGUACAUGUUUGAUAUUUCUUUUCCUUUUGUAGCAAAUUAUGUAUAUAUAACUCAAAGUCUUUACUUUGAAUCUAACUCCGUUGUGUAUAGGCUGACUAUGUUGUUAUAAUUGUCUCUUCUUUUUUGAAAAAAAAAAAUACUUUCAUGUAAUGAUAUCAGAAGGCCUAAUGACCUCAAAAAAAGAAUCAGAAAUAUUCAUUUUGCUGCUCUAGACUGCUUUAGUGAUACUGGUUGAUUAAUGAAACACAUAGACAUAUUCUCUCCUUCCCCAAAAGGGUGUUCCAAGAUGCAUCAGAUGGGAAAGAUUCCAUAUGCAAUGCCAAUAAAUCCAUGUGCUGAGUAUAUUCCCUGAUGCUGAGUAUUUUGCUUGCCAUAGUGGACAACAGUUGUACAUGACAAAUAAUUAAGUAGGGAGUUCGCAAUCAGAAGUUCAGAACCACGAUAUUGAUAAAGUAAUAACCCUGUCAAGAUUUUAUGAGUAAGAAACUUAUAUCCAAAGUAGAAAGUACGAGGUGGAUAGGGUUAUUACCAUAUAGGUUUAUGGGUAUUGCAUUACUGAAACUAGGACAUUUCCAACCGUACUUUAUGUCACUCAACCUAAUUAAGGUCUUUAACUAGGAAAAUGAAUUCAGAUUAAAGAGAAGUACUAUUUUUACUUUUGAGGAUUAAGGCUAAUAGUGACAAUGUAAAAAAGAAUCAAAUUCUUUUGGGGUCAUACAUGGUGGUAACAUGCAUUCGCACCUCGCUCUUUGCACACAGACACAGGCGCGUUCCUGUUUGUGAAACGUCUAGGGUGGAUGUUUACGGACAAUGUUUGUUUAAGGAACUAGACCAUUGGCCAUUUUUCUGGAGGCCAGCCCAGUGAUAUUGACCUUCAAGAAAUCACUUGAUGUCAGCAACAAUUUGUUGCAAAAAGAAAGUUAUUGUAGGUACCUGAUGAAAUGCCUCCAGAAGUUCAACCAGGACAUCUACAAGAGACAGAUAGCAUUUUUAAUACAUUUGUGGGAUUUUCGGACGGUGUUGCACAUUUUAAUUUUGAUUCACAUCUCGAGAAGUUCAGCUCUGGGUUCAAAAAUGGUGAUAGUGGUACAAUAUUUGUAUCAGAUUCAUCAACCACUCUGUCACCAGUAUUGAAGUGUAAUUCACUUGAGAAGAUUAAUUCUGAAUCAAAUAGAAAAUUGUCCUUUAAACAUGAGUCUGAAACAUUAAAAGAUAUGAAUCAUUCAGAACUUCAUACCUCAUAUGCGACUAAAAAUGCUGAGAAACAGGUGGAUGUUUCAGAUCACUUGUUAAGAGGCGUUGGUUCUGAUCAUAUGGAAAAAGACACUGCUUUCUCUCUAGGUAUUACUGGUGAAGGAGUGUCAUACUCUAGCAGAAAUGUGCAAGAUGAUGAAGGUAGAGUAGUUGGUCGAGACAUAGGACUUGGAAGCUUUAAUGUGCAUGAAAGUGAACCCUCCUGCCAGCGUAACAAUGUUUGUGCUUCACAGAGAAGAUCUCGUAAACCUACACUAAGGUACAUUGAUGAAUCAUCAGAACCAAUUUCUAAGCACUCUAAGAAGAGACGGAGAAUUUCUACAGCUCCUUCAGCUAUGAAGACUUCAGGAGUUGGAAGCAAUGCUAUUAAAUCCAGGACACCUGUGCUGUGUUCAGAUGAAUCAUUUAUGGAAGCAAUUCAAGUACCUUUUGACUCUCAAGUGCAGGUACCAGUUGAAUCUCAAAAACAGGUACCAGUAGACUCUCGGGUGAAAGUACUCGUUGACUCUCGAGUAAAAGUACCAGUUGACUCUCAAGUGAAAGUACCAGUUUACUCUCAUGUGAAAGCACCAGUUGACUACAAAAAACAAGCACAAGGCGAAUCUCAAGUAUGGAAAGAGUGUCGGAAGCAACUUGCUCUUGUUGAGUAUCACACGCCAGACUCUGCAACAGAGACAUCUCUAGAUAAGUUAGAACAUGACUUCAGUACACCAGUAAUUUCGAAGAAGGUUAAAUGUUCACGGAAGCAUAAGGUGUGGACUAUUGCGGAGGUGAGGGACCUGAUUGAUGGUGUAUCGCAAUAUGGAGUUGGAAAGUGGACCGAGAUAAAGAAACUCUUGUUCUCAUCUUCUGCUCACCGCACACCUGUAGACCUUAAGGACAAAUGGCGUAACCUUAUUAAAGCAAGCUGCGCUGAGGAACAGCGGAAGAAAGAGAUGCAGGAUAAGAAAGGAAGAAAUCAGCCCUGGCGCCCUUUGCCCAAGUCCAUUUUGCGACGGGUUCGUGAACUUGCCAUGAUUUAUCCAUGUCCAUAUAAUGGUAACUCUGAGGAUUUGAAUGUUUGCCAGGAUUCUUCUACCUCGUAUUCUUCCAUUAAAACUGGCAGCUCACCACAUAUAAGGGGGAAAAAAUUGCAUAGGAAAAUUGCACUUUAGUAUAGAUACCUUGAGGUUUGCCAGGCAGAUUUACAUAAUCAUUAGCCGAUCUGUCUUUUAAACUAGAACAUCUUUUGACCAGGAGUGUGAUUCUCUUUAAUAAUAUAGACCGCAUUGCUCUAGCACAAUAAUGUGCAUAUAACCAGUGUCCAACAGAAAGUGCUUAUAAUCAGCAUCUUGAUUGUAAGAGAUGCUUUGUAUAUAAUUCAGUGGCAUCUGCAAGUGUAAUAUGUAGCUGGUUAAGCAGUUCUCCUUGUGGAUGAUUUGGGUUGCCUGAAAUUGAUCUUGCGUACUUAUGUGCCCAAAGGGGGCUUAGAUUGAUGUUUUAAUUGUAUAAUUCUUUUUCAUUAGAAACAAGGAACUUGGAUUUAUAAAUAUAAACUUUAAAAAACUACUAUCAUAUUACUGGGGUAUAUAGUGGUAUAUGGUAUUGAUUAAUUAUAGUUUCCAUGGACCUUGAUUAGUUUUAAACUUGAGGAAAUUAAAACCCUUGACACAAAACUCUCCUGUUCAUUUUCCUUGUCCAAUUUUUGUGGGCAUCUCCCUGAAUCACACAAUUUUCAUCGACGAACACACGUUUCCACCUUUUAAUUCAUUUAAUGCCCAGUUGGAUGGCUGUGGAAAUGAGAAUUAAUCGUUUUAUUUAUCUUUAUCAUAAAUUUAUCGAUGGUUUUUGUUUUGAUAAAUUAGAAAAUUUUGAUCCUAAUCAUGAAUUAAAUGUGUGAUUUUUUUGAUAAAUCAGAAAUUUUUGAUGAAAUCAAAGUAUAGUCAGUAAAUUUAUUAAGAAAAUUUAAAAAUUAAUCUGGAAUUUUUAGAAUAAAUCCUUAUAUUCUUGAUAUCUUUGUCAGAACAUAAUAUCCGGUUUAGUACAGAGCAGGUCACCAAGUCUCGGAUGCAACAUUUAUGUUUUCCUUUUGGAAAAAUUCAUUGUGUCGUAACUAUCUUUUACUGUGCAAUGUUCAUGAUAUCUUUGUCGGAACAUAAUAUUUUUUUAGUACUGAACAGGUCACCAAGUCUCCCAUGCACCGUUUAUGUUAUCCUUUUGGAAAAAUUCAUUGUGUUGUAUUUAUCUUUUACUCAGUAGUGUUCCUGUAUGCAUCUACAAUAACAAAUUUUGAUUAAACUAACAACUGCUCAUUAUUUAGGAACAUAAGUAUCAGAUAAUUUUUACAGCAUUUUAAAAGAAUUUUACAGACAUUCACUUAGGAGAGACAUCGACAAGAAGCAAGAAGAUAAGUCCUGACAAAGACAAAAAGUAUAAAAAUAAACAUUACUCCUGACUGUAUGCCGUUUAGCAGAUUGGCAGAGGAGCACCAUUCCAUGACUGUAGACACUCCAACAAUGGAUCAAUUAUCUCUCCUUUGGUCAUUGCUGUGAAUACCUUAUCGAACUCUUCUCCGGGGGACGUCACCUUUUCUCCGGUAAGAUAUUCGGUUCCCAGUUCUUCCCUCACAAACUUGUACAGUGGAUAUGACCUGCACUCCUUAAUCCUGUUAGGGAUCGCUGGAUUUCCACUUUCUACCGCGGCUCUAGCACUUUCAACUUCUUUAGGCAGAAGGGCCUUCAGUUCAUCCUCGAAUGCUGCAAUCUUUUGGAAGAUGGAAGUGCUCAAGUUCCUCUCUUUAUCACCAUUAUUCAAUGCGUGCUCAACUAGAGUUUCCCUUAGUUUUUGCAUCAAGGGGUAAGUUGCACUGCAGGGAUCAUCAAUGUACGCAAAAAUGUAUUCGCGGUCUACAACUCUGAGCAAGUCUUUCUCACAGAAUCUUGAGGGAUGGAGUUCACCGUUGACACCCAUGGUUAGAACUCGCUUAGCUACUUGGCUCACUGUGUUUUUGACAGUGCUCUUCAUAUUCUCUUCCAGAUGCCUCAAGUCUAUAGCUUGGCAGAGGCCCACUAAAAAUGUUGUAGACAUGAGCUUCAAAAUUUCUACAGCUUCAGAUGUUUUCCUCGAAGAUAUUAAGCCCAGUGAGUUGACAUCUUGAUUGUGUUGUUCAGCACUUUGGACAUGGUUAGUCACUGGAUUGGCCAAAAACUGGAGUUCAGAGCAGUAUGAUGCCAUGGCGAUUUCAGCACCCUUGAAUCCAUAAUCCAAGCUCGGGUUACGGCCUCCAGACAAGUUUGAUGGCAACCCAUUGUUGUAAAAAUCGUUGACAAGUUCUGAAAAUUGUGCAAACAUCAAUUUUCCAAUGGCGGCUAUAGCCAAACGUGUAUUGUCCAUGGAAACACCGAUUGGGGUUCCCUGGAAAUUUCCACCAUGUAUAGCCUUGUUCCUGGAAACAUCAAUCAACGGGUUAUCAUUGACAGAGUUGAUCUCUCUCUCAAUCAUUUUAGUCGAUGAUCUGAUCACUUCAAUUUGAGGACCAAGCCAUUGAGGAGAUGUUCUCAGAGCAUAUCUGUCUUGUUUUGGUUUCUGUAACGGAUCCAUUUCAUGAAGCUUCUGAGCAGCCUUAACGUAAGCGCUUCCAUCCAAUAUGUGUUCCAUUAUAGCUGCAGCCUCAAUUUGUCCUGGAUGGUGCUUCAACUUAUGUGUCAAGUGAUCGGUGAAUUCAGGCUUUCCUUGCAUGACUUCAGCGAAAAUUGCUGACAUAACUUCAGCUAGAACCGCUAAUAUAUUAGCCUCAAAAAGUACCAUAGAGGCCAUGCCAGAACCAACAGCUGUUCCAUUAACAAGCGCUAGGCCUUCUUUUGGCUGCAAC